AGAGCAAUUCGUAUCUCCCUUUGUAAACCCAUGUCGGCUUGUGCCGCUACUUAAGAAUCAGCUGAAAUAGUUGAUUUUACUUUCUCUUUGACAUGAUUUGUAUGUCACUGGACAUGAUUUGUAUAUCAAAACGAGCGAUCAAUCUUCAUCCAUCUAUUUCAAUAAAAGCAAAUGACUUCGUGCGGCAGGGAAGAAAGACGAAAAAGCUAACCCUUUUAGAUUAAAUUAUUUUAAGGUUUAAACUUGAAAACAUGUCAGUCUUUCGCACUGAUUGGUAUUUUAAUGGCCCUUGUUACUUGAAAAGUAAAUUAUCACCUCAGAAAGAAAUUAUUGAAUACAUGAGCUUCCAUUUGAUAGAAUCGUCUGUCUUGAAGGUAACAAAAGUGAAGUUGUCCUCAUUAAUGUGGAAAAUAAGGCAUUUUAAGGGGCAAUUUUUAGUGUCGGUGUCACCGAAUGCAAAGGCAUUUCCCCAGUUCACCCAAUUUUUCAUUGAAGCUGAUCUCCCAUUGCUUGCAUGCAAACAGCACAAAGAAACUGCAUAACAGUGCAAAAACGCAUCAAACUUUACAACAACCCCACCCCCUGAAAUUUAACUAGGCUACCCCAAAUGCAUACCAGAUGAUAGCCCUGUGUCUGUGCAACAACAUGGCAUCCAGCCAGACACAACCUUUCCCCCGCCCCUCCUCAAUUUGAGGGAGACAUUGAGCUUUGAAAGACAGGGGUAAGCCCCGGUACAAAAACUCAGCAAAUCCGCACUCUAGCACAAAGUAUAGUCUAUAGAACAACCCCACUCCCCAGGAAUUUAACCAGGCUACCCCAAAUGCAUACCAGAUGAUAGCCCUGUGUCUGUGCAACAACGGGACUUUUAGUUCAACGGAAGCCCCCCCUCAAAAAAAAUUAGCUGGCCCAACGGGGGCUGUUGCCCCCCUCGUGCAUAUUUUCUUUAUUUUCCACUGAUUUCUGUCAAUUCCAGGAAGUUAUUUGGAGCCCAUGGUUAAGAGCUGAGGGUGGUUAGUCCUGAAGAGGGAGAUUGUUAUUUUUACACUAAAAGUAUGAGGGCUUUAAGCAAAUUAAGUUUUGAAAGAUUGCUUGCAAUGUGCUGGACUUGACUUAAGAUUUCAAGCAACCCGGUUUUCAAAACUCCGGGUAGAAUUAUAAUUACUAUUACGGGUAUCACUUGUAAUAAUGAUAAUAAUAAUAAUAAUAAUAAUAAUAAUGAUAAUAAUAAUAAUAAAACAGCCACGGACAUAGAUAAAAGAGUAAAUAUCUACCUAGUGAAUAAAUAUGUACCAACAAAUGCGUUAAAAAUGUAACAGUUCAAAACAGUGCUAGAAGUAUUGGUACUGUUUCAGCAUUGUAGACUUAUCAAAAUGCAACGCACUCAUCAUCUUUAGGGAACGUUUCAGGCCGAUAUAAGACCAACAUUUUCCGCUACGUCUCUUUUGGGCUCAAGUUAUGCUGAGUGUUCUUAAAACCACUUUUUUAGUUGUUAACAGUAAAGGCUGAUAAAGCAAAAAAAUGUUACAAAAACUGUUCCCUGCAGCCUAUAGAAUUCUUAAGGUGGCAGUCUGGGUGUUUUGGGGGAAAAAAUGUUGAUUUAGGAAGGAAAUGAAUUAGGGUAGAAACGGUAUACAUGUAAACCAGGUAGUCCGCUAAUAGGAUUGGGGGCACCUUGUUGUUGUGGUCGGCAUUCUGGUAUUUGUGUAGUAGUUCAGGUCACUUCAUAAUUUAAUUUUUAACAACCCCCAAAAUCCAAUAUUUUCUAAUUUUCCAGACUUUUUAAUACCCCCUCUAAUUUUUCUGCGUUAAAAACAUUCAAAGAAUCAUCAAGAAAAUUUCUAAAAAUCAUUGAAGCGAGGACUCCAACCUUAUUGAGUCAUUUUUUUGAAUGAAAUCUUGGUAGAUAUUUAAGAAAAAGGGUGGAAAUAAACGAAAAACAAUGACUCUCCCCUUAAGAAUUUCCUGGAUUAUUUCCCCAUACAUGGAGACUAACGCUUUUAUUUCCAUUGCUAACGGAAACUCUCUUUCCAGACAAAUGUCGUUGCCUGGAGUGGAGAGCCAACCACACCUUUGAAGGAAAACGUCUAAAGCAUCACGUGAUUCGCAGCGUUGACGCCCUUGACUUGACAAUCUGUGAAAUACUUUGCUAUGGUGAACCCGACUGUGUUAGUUUCAACUUUAAGAAGUCUGUGAGUCAAUGUGAGCUGAAUAACUCCACUUUCGAAGAACAAAAAGAUAAGCUGGAGACAAACUAUGGCUACAUUUAUAGAGGAGGCGAGGUAAGUGAGGAACUUCAAAUUUAACUUCAAAUAACCUACUGCGUAAUAUUUGAGGCGAAUUAAAAGACCAAAAUAUACACGAUGGCCUUUGUGCCCGGCAACGAAUGAUGGCUACUUUUAUUAGAACUAAGCAAACGGGAAAAGAUUAUUGAAAAUAAUAACAGAAUUUACUAAUUUCAUAUACAUGAAUUUGAACUGAGGGUUGAAGAAAUAAAUGUAAAGAAGAUCAUCGAAGACGACGUAACUUACAGUUGUAUGCAAUUUGUGAUUCAUGAUUCUCUGUAAAACAGUUAGAAGUGAAGCAAGAGUUUCAGUUACCUAUAAAGGAAAGCCGUGAAUUUUUCUGUCCCAGAACAAAUGCGUGAAUAACCUUUGCGAGAACAACGCAACCUGUCAAACCGGUUUCACAGACAAAGGAUACCGCUGUAUGUGUACUACAGGAUUUAAAGGAGAAUACUGUGAAAUCGGUGAGUUUUUGGAGGUUUAACGCCUUUAAAUUUGUUGUGUUCAAUAAUAAUAAUAAUAAUAAUAAUAAUAAUAAUAAUAUUUUUAAUUUUUUAAUAAUAAUAAUAAUAAUAAUUUUAUUCAACUUUGAAAAUAUGUACAUAAUUUACAUAUUUGAAGUAAGAAUUAUUAAGCACUUUACAACAUUAAGAAUUAUAUAAAUCAUAACAAAACAAUCACUUUGCCAUUCCAGUAUUUCAAAUUAAGUCAUGACAAAAGAAAACUAUCCGUCUCUGAUAUGAAAUAGAAACAAGCUAAAAAGAAUAAAAACUCGUAUCCCUAAACAGCGCUUUUUUCCGUCUAAAAUUAAAAGGAGUAAAUUAAAAACAGUAUAAGAAGAGCCGCACACGACAAUGUCGACGCCAGAAUCAUUCAUUCCCGAUCGGGAAUUGUGUGGUUUUGGAGACGUAUAAGAUCAGAGUGGACAUUUUUACCCAGGUUUAAUUUUUUAUUGAUUUUAUUUUUUUGCGCAAAUUAGUGUGUAAUUGUUACCAUAAAUUUUAGUCGAUGCUGCGGCUGGUUACGGUUUGCCGCCCAGCCAAAGCUUUUAUGUUUUACUCUGGGCAUCCAGACGUUUGUACUGCCAUAAUAAUAAUAAUAAUAAUAAUAAUAAUAAUAAUAAUAAAAACAAAACUUUAUUCAUAGAUUUAAAAAAAAAUAGACUAUUUACAGAUUCAAGAAUAUGAAAUAUUAAAAUAUAUACCCUAUGUACAUUUUUCUUGUCUACGAAAGAGAAUUGUUGUAAAAUGACUAUCUAAAGACUACUAAUAACAAUUAUAAAAAGGAUCAAAAAGUUGAUAAAAAAAUAAAAACUAUUUAAAAAUAAUAAUUCAAACUGAUAAAAAGUUACUACUUAAAUUUCACUUUCCGAUGUAAUGUCAUUUCCUGGUUCCUCUGAGACACAGCAAGGCUGAUCGUAAGAAAAAAACUUUCGCCCUUAUCCAAGAUAUGGUUGUAGCGUAGUCAUUAAAAAAGCUUCUAUGGAAUCUUUCAUUCAUCGGCCAUUCCAAAAACUAAUGGUUGAAUGUCGAAUACUAAUCCAAAACCCGCCUGCUGUAAUUCUAUUUUCAAGUUGGAAUAUCUGUUUCGGAGAUAGUUACGAAUCUGCGUUUGGAAAAGAACAUCGAAGAAAAUUGCUGUUUGUCCCAAAACCCGCGAGCGUGAACAUCUAGUCGGGCAUCAGGCGCUUUGUUUGCGCCUCUAUUAUAAUAAUAAUAAUAAUAAUAAUAAUAAUAAUAAUAAUAAUAAUAAUAAUAAUAAUAAUAGCUGUUCCAGGAGAUAGUAAUAAUCUGCAGAAAGAAACUGAAAAGUGUGAAAAGUACCAAGACCUGUCAAGAGAGAUUCAAAGGAUCUGGAAAUCAAGGACAAAAGUGGUGCCAGUGGUUGUAGGUGCAUUGGGUUCAGUGUCAAAGAAACAGGCAGGCCAUGCCCCUUGGAGCAACUAGGAAUUAAAAACCGAACAAGAACGAUGCAAAAGUCGGCACUCCUCGGAUCGGCACAUAUCCUCAGAAAGGUGCUGGAAGUCUGAGGUCUCGGAAUGAGACUUGACUGGAUAUUUCUCCCCAGGGAAAAUCCCUGUGCUAAAUUUUACAUCAUAAUAAUAAUAAUAAUAAUAAUAAUAAUAAUAAUAGUAAAAGUGAGAUCGAUCUGCAAACUAGUAAAUGGCACAUUUUGCUAUAAUUCUAAUUUAUGUUACGGUUCCACAGUUUUUUUUUGUUUAACACCUUUUUAUCCCGUUCUCUUCUGAAAAUAUAUCUUGAGUAGCUUAUGGAGCGUGUAGAAGGGAGGUUUUCGGAGAAAGCUCCAGAUGAGACGUAACCAGGCCAGGAUUCUAAUGCAGGACUUUGUCCACUAGCUAUGUACAGCUGUAUGUAAAGACUAUGUAGGAAGGAGGUUUUCGCGGAAAAGCUCAAGUGAGCGGAAACCAGCUGGAUUCUAGUGCAGGACUCUCCCUUGACUUUCGAGGGGUAUAAGAGUCGUUACCUGGGUUCUCCACCAAGAAGUAUUUAGGAAGGAGGUUUUCGGGGAAACGUUUAUAGGUGAGAGAAAACCAGGACUCUUAAAAUGUUGCGUCUGUCUCCAAUUCUCGUCAGUUAACACGGGUUCUUCUUUAGCGCCUGCGAGUUAAUUAAUAACUCAAACAACACUAAAUAUUGGCGGCAAGUUUUAAAAUAACUUAGAUGUGGGUACGUCGAACUUGGUGACCAUGAAAAGUACGAAGGCACUUUAUAGUGACUUUAAUGUCUACUAUCUGUUGCCCACCAAAGUGGUUAAAGCAAGCCUAUCAAGUUAAUUAGGCCAAGAUGUCCAAGAAAGCAAAUGGAAGCUAAACGCCAACCAAACCUUCCAUGCACUAGCUACCUAAUAAGCCAAGAGGGAAACUCCGAUGUAGAAAAAUAUCCAAGGUCAGAUGUGAGAUGUGACCCCAAACGUGCCUAUUUCAAAGGUCGACCCUCUAAUUUAAUUAAACCUUAAGAUAAACGAUACUUUCGUUGACAAACUCACAUUUAUAAAGCUGUCGACACAAAUUAACGGAUUAACCUUGAUCUGCAAACCCCAAUCAUAACGAGAUCAGCUCAGGCGUAAACAAACUAUCAGCGAAAAUCCUCACAAUAAUAACUUUCAAAACAACCAACAAAUUACCUCAGAACCAAAGAAAGUUAUGGUAAAAUGCAUCUUUUGCUAGCAAUCUUUCAGUGCUCUUUGCAUUCUAUUUUAAUAUUUAUUUAGUAUUUUUCUUGUUGCGAUUUAAUGGAUUGUUUAACCUAACAUAAUCCUACCAGCUGUAGACGAGUGCGCCUCUGGAACACACAACUGCAGCGCCAAUACGUUCUGCACCAAUAAUUUGGGAUCUUACACCUGCACCUGUAAUCUGGGAUACUAUGGUGAUGUAGAGAACUGUGAACCAAGUGAGUCUUAGGCAUUUUUAUAGGAGAAAUUAAACCAUUCUCAGCUUUAAAUAAACCAUAAUACUUUAUCUUCUUCGAUUCAGGCCUAUUUUGAGGUCUAUUAAGGGGACAGAAGACUACAAACAAUGUUGUUGCUCUUGCAAAUAUUAACGGAGUAACCGUUCAUCGAUCUGUAGUAAUUUUUCCAAAUAGUUCACGGCAAGUAUUUUUAAGUCUGACUUGUAAACAAUAAUGAUUCUUUCAAUUAAGACAUAAAUAGUUCCUUUCGAAAAAUGGGUAAUAAAAUAAGAAAAUAAAAACAUCUGAAGUUACUUCCGUUAAUGGCUCUUACUAGUAAUCAGUAUUGCAGUAAUUUAAAUCACUGAAAAUAAAUUAUGUUUAGUAGUUAUUAUUUCCUUUAUUUUCACACAGUUUCGACGUGUAAGGACAUUUUUGACAAGAACAUGUGAGUAGCAAGACAUUAUUCGUUGUGUUUCUAUUUAAAUGAUACAGCUUUCAGCAUGACUGUGAUGCGUGCAUUUCAUGUAUAUAGCAAUACACCGAGAUGUACGACACAACCAAUACAGAACAUAUUUCCUCUGGGCGAUGGCAUUUUAACGAGAUUCAGAAUGGGUCCUUAUUGCACCUGGUUAGUCACAUGGUCCUGAACCUUCCUUGAGAGUAGCCCCAGUAAAGGGCAAAGAAAUAUAAUUGCCAUUCUAAAGACGUUAUUAUGCGUUAUUAUACGUUGUACCUGCCUUUUCAUUAUAAGAGUUCACAAUUACUUUUGGCAAUAAACGCAUCUUACAGAUUAUAUUAAUUAGCUGGUUAUCUGCUAGCAGUUAACUAACUAAUCUGUCGGUUGCAAGGCAGCGCAAUUCAGGAUUUUCAAGAGUAAUGUAAACUGUGUUCAGUGCGACAGUGUGUUUUUCGUUAUUAUAAAACAAUUAAUAAAUUUAGUUUUUGUGAUACCCUCAAUAAUCAAUCUAGAUCUGAUGUCUCGUAAUUUCUACUUUUAAGAUCCAGAGAAGACAAAGCAUACCCUCUAGUUUUGGAGGAUGAGGUUGUUGACGUUUACUGUCAUAUGGCUAUGGCUACGACUGGAAAUGGCGCAUGCGGUAAUGGUGGAUGGACGCUGGUUAUAAAAAUGGAUGGCAACCAGGUAACCUUACAUUUAAUCUCUGAACGAUAUGACUAACCCUCGCUAAAUUAAAUGGUAGUAUAUUUACAUUUUAGUUCUGGAACAUUACGCAAGUAAAUAUAUCAUUCUUUGAUAAUUUAAGGGUCCUUCGUAGAGACAAUAAGCAGUGGCGGAUUCAAAAAAUUCAGAAAGGGGUGACCGGGACACUUGCCAGCUAUAUAAAUACUAUUAUUAUUCAUGCAAAUAUUUCCCCAAUUCUGAUUGGCUAAAAGCACACGCAUAAUUCACCAAAACCAGUUACUGAUGACCAAAUGUGGAAGAAUUUUGUGUUUAACGAGGAAAUGACGUCAAAAAUGCAGCCCGCUACAGGUUAAGACACCGUUACCGAGAAAUCCUGGGGACGAGGUCGAGUUGUUUUGGUUGUGAAAAAAAAAGAUGGCGAACAUUUCACUCGUUUCAAGAGUAAGAACUACAGCUGGAGCUAGGCGAAAUAAUAGCUAAAAACAUGGCAAAAACAGCAAGAAGACAACUCGGAGCGCGACAUCUGCUAUUUGGAGAAAAUUUGCGGAACUGGACAAACCUAAACGUACACUAUCGAAGAUGAACGUAACAUCGAUGUAGGUAAGUAUGUUUUAGCCAUGUUUCUAAACUAGGAAUUAUUUUGAAUGAGUAAUAAAACAAUUAAUGAAUUCGGCUUUCCUAGGAUAUGAAGAAUUAAGCAGAUCUCGGAGGGCGUUAUCCACCUCGGCCUUCGGCGUCGGUGGAUAACACCCUUUUCGAUCUGCCUAAUUCUUCAUAUCCUACUCAGCCUCAUGCAGUUAUUAAUUGCUAAUUAAUCUUAAUGAGAAUUCUUUAGAAAUAAUACAAAAUUUCACCAUAAAGGGGGAGGGGAGGGGCACCCCAUCGGCCAACCCCUACUCCGCCCAUUUUAUUGUCAUGAAGAUUGUUUUUUUUUUUGUCAUGAAGACUCAAAUAAUGACGAUGACAUAACUCUCAAUAGUCUGUUUGUUUUAACCCUCAAUUCAGUCGGCGUUUUUUAAUUUCCCAGGUGUUAUUUAAUAUCAUUCAAGAAUUACGGCAUUAUCCGCGUGGGACUAGCUUCUGGUACUUCAGCUAUAAAUCAUGCACGUUUUUUGCCAUUAAUUUAAUGAAUGACAUCAGAUCAGAUUGCACGCAGGUCUGAAUUAAGACGUAUACUCCUACAAAAUUCUACUAUGAUUGGAGCUAUGCACAUCCCAGGACCAUUCCGAGAGACACUCAGCAAAGAGCUAGUUCAUGUGCACAGAAUGACUACUUUAAGAUUAGGGCGCGGUUCCUGAAAGGCCGAUUAGCGCUAAUCCAGGGUUAAAACUUUAUUGCACUUUUUGUAUUUACCCUUCUAAGCGCUGCUUAGAGUAACAAUUUGUGAUAUCAUUACUGUAUCUUCAGAGUAAAGGCACCACAGUAUUUUGAAAGUUUGAGUUACAUGUUUAGACAAGAAAACCUUGCUUUAAAUUGGGCUUAAUCCUGGGAUAAACUUAAUCAUCUUUCGAGCCGGGCCCAGGGCACUUUUUAAUAGAUCUCAUUCAUCUUCGCCAUCUUUGCACGCUCUUUAGGAUUCAUGGGUUAAAUACAAUGUCAUAAUAAAAUUUACCGAUACAAGUAAUCGACAACGAGUUUGUUUAUUCUCUCAAAACGAGGCGACGAUUUACUAGUCAUGCCAAAUGUACCGUUUGACUUUCCACAAGAUUUGCGUCAUUAUUGCUUCUUGCUGUGAGGACAUCUACGGUCACUCAUGCAUCUAACAAAGUGACAAUGAUAACUUUCAGCCAUAAUUUUAAGAUGACAAGUCAUUCGUUUCUAGUCAAGAAUAAACAAACUCGACGACGAUUUCUUGCAUUGGAUAAUUUUAUAAGUCGUUUGCUCCCUGAGAAAUUACGCAACAUCGCUUUUAUCCCAUCAGUCCUUAAGCGGGUGCAAACAUAACGGAUAUCGUGAAUAAGGUCUAUUAUUAUUUACAAAAAUUAUAUUUCAAUGCUCUAAUCACAAAAUAAGAACGCUGAUUUACUUUACUAAAGAUUGUUACCAAUAUUCCUCCAACAGCAAACUUUUCACUACAAUUCUACACUUUGGGAGAACAAAGACACCUUUGACGUUGACGGCGGAAAGACUGGCUUUGACACGCGGGAGACAAAACUUUCCUCCUACUGGAACACGUCCUUUUCUAAGAUUUGCCUCGGUAUGAAGAUUAACAACCAGAUCAAUUUUAUUGAAUUCAACGAGAGCGCCAGUUCCUUGCAUUCACUGAUCGCUGACGGACGAUACCGUUCUAUCUCACUGGGUCGUGACACGUGGUUUUCACUGAUUGUCUCUGGCUCCUCCUUCGAUGACCACUGUAACAGAGAAGGGUUCAACGCCGAGUGCACCUGGGCAAACCGCUCCAAAGCAAGAAUCGGUAUUCUUGGUAACAAUGAAGACGACUGCACCUCAUGUAACUCUAGGGUCGGGUUUGGUACUGGCGGAGAAAACGACGACUCCAACACCUGUGGAAACCACGCUUCCAGCACAAACAUAAAGGCCUUUGGGUAUAUAUUUGUGCAGUAA